UCCGGGCAGCCAUGGCGGCCUACAGCAAGUACCUCACGGCCCGAAGCUCGUCCGUGGUGGGUGCGGCCGUCCUGGGCCUCUGCCUCCUGCACAGGCAGCGACAGCGGCGACGACGACGGCUGCAGCAGCAGCAGCAGCAGCAGCAGGACUCCGCCCUCCAAGGCAAGAAAAGUGGAAAGCCACCAUUACAGAGCAAUGAGAAAGAGGGAAAGAAAGAGCGGGCUAUGGUGGACAAAGUGUUCUUUGCAAGGAUCCGGCAAAUCCUGAAAAUCAUGGUCCCCCGGAUGUUUUGUAAAGAGACAGGUUAUUUGUUACUUAUUGCUGUUAUGCUGGUAUCUCGCACGUAUUGUGAUGUUUGGAUGAUUCAAAAUGGAACCCUCAUUGAAAGUGGUAUCAUUGGUCGCAGCAGAAAAGAUUUCAAGAAAUAUUUGUUCAACUUCAUCGCUGCCAUGCCUCUUAUCUCUCUGGUGAAUAACUUUUUGAAGUUUGGGCUAAAUGAACUUAAACUGUGCUUCCGAGUAAGACUCACCAAAUACCUCUAUGAGGAAUAUCUACAAGCUUUCACAUACUAUAAAAUGGGCAAUCUAGACAACAGAAUAGCUAAUCCGGACCAGUUGCUUACUCAAGAUGUAGAAAAAUUCUGUAACAGUGUCGUUGACCUGUAUUCCAACCUUAGCAAGCCAUUUUUGGACAUAGUUUUGUAUAUCUUCAAGCUAACAAGUGCAAUUGGAGCUCAGGGCCCAGCUAGCAUGAUGGGAUAUUUGCUUAUCUCGGGCCUACUCCUUACCCGUCUCAGGAGACCUAUUGGUAAAAUGACUAUGACUGAGCAAAAAUAUGAAGGAGAAUACAGAUAUGUCAAUUCAAGGCUUAUAACAAACAGUGAGGAAAUUGCCUUCUACAAUGGGAAUAAAAGGGAAAAGCAUACAAUUCACUCAGUCUUCCGCAAACUGGUGGAGCACCUACAUAAUUUCAUCUUGUUCCGGUUCACUAUGGGCUUCGUCGACAGCAUCAUUGCCAAAUAUCUGGCCACUGUGGUCGGUUAUCUCGUCGUCAGUCGUCCUUUUCUGGAUCUGUCUCACCCUCGCCACCUUAGGAGCUCGCAUUCCGAACUCUUGGAGGAUUACUACCAAAGUGGAAGAAUGUUACUGAGAAUGUCUCAAGCCCUGGGCAGAAUAGUCUUGGCUGGUCGGGAAAUGACCAGAUUGGCUGGUUUCACUGCUCGGAUUACAGAAUUAAUGCAAGUGCUAAAGGACUUGAAUCAUGGAAAAUAUGAGCGUACAAUGGUUUCCCAGCAUGAAAAGGGUGCUGAAGUAUCCCUGCCCCUUCCCUUGAUACCUGGUGGUGGAGAAAUCAUCAAUGUAGAUAAUGUUAUCAAGUUUGAUCAUGUUCCUUUAGCUACGCCUAAUGGGGAUAUUCUGAUUCGCGAUCUGAAUUUUGAGGUUCAAUCUGGGGCAAACGUUCUGAUCUGUGGUCCAAAUGGAUGCGGGAAGAGUUCACUUUUCCGUGUUCUCGGUGAGCUCUGGCCUCUCUUCGGGGGCCGACUAACGAAGCCUGAAAGAGGAAAGUUAUUUUAUGUUCCCCAGAGACCCUAUAUGACCCUUGGGACACUUCGAGACCAAGUGAUUUACCCAGAUGGAAAAGAAGACCAGAAGAAGAAGGGGAUAUCUGACCUAGUGCUGAAAGAAUAUUUGGACAAUGUCCAGCUGGGCCAUAUCCUGGAACGUGAAGGAGGCUGGGACAGCGUUCAGGAUUGGAUGGAUGUUCUCAGUGGAGGAGAAAAACAAAGAAUGGCGAUGGCAAGAUUGUUUUACCACAAACCCCAGUUUGCGAUCUUGGAUGAAUGCACCAGUGCCGUGAGCGUCGACGUUGAAGGUUACAUUUACAGUCACUGCCGGAAGGUUGGCAUCACCCUCUUCACCGUGUCUCACAGAAAGUCUCUUUGGAAGCAUCAUGAGUAUUACCUGCACAUGGAUGGCCGAGGCAGUUAUGAGUUCAAGCAGAUUACCGAAGACACGGUUGAGUUCGGAUCCUAAACCGAAGAACUGCACGUAUUCCCACCGGAAAUGGGAGAAUUACUACAGGUGGCAUGUAGAACUACACAACCACUGUAAAUUCAAACUUUUUAGCCUGUUUUAAAAACCAAACUAGGUACAGAUUAGUCCAAAAGAAGUAUCAUGUAGAUUAUUGCUAAUUGUGUAUAUGUUGGUGUAAUUAUUAAUAUGUACUAAGAAUGUCCUUAUUCUUGUGGUUAAAAACCUGCCUAAAUGAAAUUGGGCUUAAAUCAGUGUAACCAGAUUCAUCAUGGGAUGUAAACCAGUCGAAGUCAGCUAAUCUGGCUCUUUUGGACCUUGCUCCUUCCUCCAGUGAAGAGGCCGUUUCAAAUUGGGGUCGCUCCCAGUCCAGGGCUCUCAAUUGUCUCGUGACUUACGUUCUGAGAAUCAAAAAAGAACAAUCCCAUAAUGUAUUACCAAAAUCUUUUUCAUCGCUGCAUAAACAUCACUGGUUGGAUAGUGGCAGAUUUCCAUAGCUGCCCCUGUUAAACUGACUCCUGGUAUCCUAGAGCUGUCUAGAAAGCCUUUACUUUUCCGAGUCACAAAUGUAGCCUUUUCCAGGACCAUUUUGGGUUGUGUCAAUCAAUCAAUCAAUCGUAUUUAUUGAGCGCUUACUAUGUGCAGAGCACUGUACUAAGCGCUUAAUAUCCCUGUCCAUAUGUCCAUCCCUGAUCUCCCCCUUUCCCGCCCCCGUACAGUUUUCUGGGGUGUAGGCCAAGAUGUAUGCUUAAUCUUGUUUUAGAAGCGUGGAAGCCACCCGUAAGUACCUUGGGCUCCACAGAAAGCUGAUCUUAACCAGUAAAUUCCAAUUUUUUGAAAGGUUUUUACGGUUUUAGUGCAUUGGCUAGUUUUGCGUCCCCUGGGAAAUCAUGCAUUGAAGACGUCUGGUGGUUGUAUCACGUUAAACACGUAAUGUACCAUAGGAAUGCACUACAUGAAGGUAUGCACUGAAUAUGAAAUGUGAUCUCUAAGUCCUUAAUCCUGAUUUUAUAGAAAAGCAUAUUUCUUUUAGAAUAUCAGAAUGCACAUAGGGAAAUUGUAAUUCAUUCCCUAGAGAUUAGUUGACCUGCGUGAAUCUUGAGUAACUUCUCAUUUUUUACUAUGAAUGGAUACGUUUAAUUGCUUUCUCCUUUAGCAGCGUUGACUACAGCACUCACAAGGCACCCCCACCCCCGACUGCCUGUAUUAAUUUAUAAGAUGAGAACCUUUAAUCCAACUAAACAUAGUGGAUUUUUUUUCCCCCAGACUGGGUGUUUGGAGGGGAGCAGUUGGUAUUUUUGCCUCUGUAGUUUGUAACGUUAUUCCAAGGAUCACCAGCUACUAAAAGAAAACCCGAUGAACUGAUUCCAUGAGACAUAACAUAUACUUUUUACUAAUUAUCUUAGGAAAAAAAAAACUUAUUAUGCAUCUCAAUUACUUUCUGUUCAAGAUUAAAAGAAAUCAAAUCUCCUG